AUGAGCGCCAUAUACGAGAACUCUUCUGUCUUUGAAGCCUUUCUGCCCUCCUACCGAUCUUCUCGGCCAGACGAUCUUCAGCUGGAGAUUCUGGACUGGAAUAUUGGUCUGCCUGUCUUACGGUCAAAGCUCAAGACGUGGCAUCUCUCGCUGCAACACAAUCUCUGUCCCCUCGUCAGGCUUCUCCGGUAUUUUUCAGUACCCUCUGCCUUCCUCGACGAACACAUCCAGUCCGUGACGCACUCCUUUGGCGCUGCUGAUCUGGAUUCUGGCUUCCCAAUAGACGAGGAGGUAUGGAUAGCCGACCCGCGGCCGGACGGGUUAAAUCUGCCCCAAUGGGAUGGAACGUGGUUCCAGUCGGCUUUCUUUCUGCGAUGGAGUGUGCCUGAGAAGGACACCCAGGCGUCGUCGCAGGUGACGAUGCUCUGUCUCCAGGCGCCCGAGUCUCUGCGUCGGAGUCUUCUACGGCUCCCUGUUUCUGUCUUGUGCGCCAGCGAGGUGCAGGACCCGCACAGUCUCCUGGUGGUAGUCCUCAAGGAGCUGUCUCAUCAGAUGGCAGAUACAACAUGGGACAUGGCGGACGUUUUUAGCUGA